CCUGGGUCACAUCUGCAAAAUGUUUAUUUACAAAACAAGUUAACAUAAUUAUUGGCAAAAAUGAAUUCUCAAAAUGAAUUGCAUCCAAAUUGGCUGGCUUUAACAACUUUGCCACUGCAACUAAAACGAUUCGUCCGUGCUGGAGACCCGGAUUUCAUCCCCGAAUCCUCAAAAGCAGUAAAACACCAAAUCGAUGGGUUAAACGGAGCGGAGGCUCGUGAUUUCUACAAGGAGGUGCUGGAUGCACCUACAACCUGCCAAGUUAAGCUACCAUCUGCACAUAAAACUGGAGAAAUAAAAAGAGAGCCAGAAAGGAUCCUUGUCCCUUUUGACAAAAGCAAGUUCUUCCGCUUGGCCACCAGCAACAAAGUAGAGGAGCUGUCCCAAAUGCAGGUCUCGGAGGAGGAUCUGAAUUCUCGCGAUUCCUUUGGCUGGACAGCCUUAAUGAUGGCUGCCUGUGAAGGAGCCACUGAAGUAGUGAGUUGGCUACUGCAGAGAGGGGUCCAAGUAGAGACCUCAGACAAAUCCGGAAAUACAGCUCUGAAACUGGCCCAACGGAAAGGUCACUCUGAGGUAGCUCAUCUGUUGGAAACACUAACCAUACUAGAAGAACCUAGCGAUGAGGAUGAGUCAAUUGAUAGCAACAACCCCUUUUACUGUGAAAUCUGCAAGAGAGAGUACAAUGAAACCCCCUGGCCAGUUCAUCAAACAUCCACAGUUCAUCAGUUCAAUCUAAAGGCUCUGCCCGCUCAUAAGCUACACAAGUUUAAUAUAUCUGCCAAGAAUCGGGGACUCCAAUUGAUGGUGAAACAGGGCUGGGACCAGGAACACGGAUUGGGACCCAGUCAAAGUGGUCGACUGUAUCCUGUCAAGACUGUCCUUCGCAAGCAACGUACUGGACUGGGAAUCGAACAGCAGCCGGCACGGGUCUCCCACUUUGGAGCUUUUGAUUUAAACGCUGUUAGGAGAAGGGAUCCCAUAUAUCAGCCGAGAAGAACGCGAAACGAUAUGCAGAGGGAAAAAGUGCGCGAAUGGAAGCGAGAGCGGUACCUCCGCAGGGAACUAAGUUAAAGCUUAACAUAAUUGUGUUGUAAAUUAU